AUGGAUGUUUACGUCGCAAUUCGACACUUUGAGAAUGGGGACGAGCUUUUUUUUGGAAUCACGGUGACCGUAAUCAUUCUGUCCAGCAUCCUCGUGAAUAUUUACGCGACGACCACCUUAAAGAAAACAAAGUGGAAUGUGCGUCGUUUCCUGUGCGUCAGCCAUUUUUCUAUGAUUUACCUUUUCAUUAAGGAAAUCUUCCGUUGGUUCGAAGAAAAACGGCCAGAAAUCGCUCAUCCUUGCGGUGGUGAAAAACAUUUUUCUGUUUGUGACUGCUCUCAAUGCAAGGAACAACUGGAGCAAAGUGUCGAAGCGUCUCUUGGAAUGUCCCACACGCGUUCCAUGGAAACCUUCAUUGAGUCCGUACCACAAUUUCUUCUCCAAGUUUAUAUAAUGGUUUACAAGGAUUCCUAUCCUUGGUACACCAUCGUAUCGGCAGCAUUCUCGUUUAUAUCAUUGGUUUUUAGCGUCUACAUGCUCGAGAAAAAUUACUGGAUUAAAAAACUGAUCACAGACCGCCCCGACUACCUGAAACCGAUAACCUUCUAG